AUGUCCCCGACGUCAACAACAGCCUCUAGCAGUGCUGCGACAACCACGGCUGGAAGCGGCGGAGAGGGAUCGGGGUCGAAUAAUGCCACAAGCUCGCCGUUGUUAUUCUUUGUUGCUCUGGGAUUCGGCGUGGUGUUUACCAACCUUUGGAUCAUAGUGGGCGUGAAAUACUGUUUCCGCUACAAUCAACGAAAUCGCCAGCUUCGGGGCGAAGAAAGCGGAGAUCCGAUCGACCUGGCGACGAUGCCGCGGACCCCUCGAAGGCGGAGGGAGAAGAAACUCAUGACCAUGGAUGAAGUAAACGGGCGGUUCCCACUUGUCAAAUACAAAGUGUGGAGGUCAUCUCGCGCCAACCAAGGCCUUUCCACCGAGGGAGGCAUCACCGCGCCCAACAGCAGGCCGCAGAGCCUCAAGGAGGAGAGGGAUGUCGUCACCACGGUGGUGAAUGUUUCUACGGCUGCAGAACCACAUCCUACCAAAGGGCACGAUCAAAUGCAUUCAUCCGUGGCCCCAAUAUCGCCCCGAGGCUCCCAUUUGGACUUGCCGGAGCAAAGCGUCUCUCCAGAGCCAGGGACCACCUCAAAAUCAGACGACCCUCGCGCAAGUAUCCAAGAAAAAUGGCAACAGUCCGAAAACAAGGAUAUCGAUCUUGAAGAUGGAGAGGAGCACAUCCGCAACGCGGUUCCCGCCGAUCUCUUGCCCAACCCUGGGGAUUCGUGUGCCAUCUGCCUCGAUGUCAUCGAGGACGAUGAUGAUGUCCGUGGAUUGACAUGCGGGCACGCCUUCCAUGCCUCGUGUGUCGACCCAUGGCUAACGAGCAGACGAGCGUGCUGUCCUUUGUGCAAGGCCGAUUACUAUGUCCCCAAACCUCGUGCGCAGACUGAAGCACAGUUAGCUGACCGUCGCGCCCGCCGGAUUGCAUCAAGCCCUGUAGAUGCAAUCCUCCGGCCGUCCCGCGUCGCCCACCACGGCAGUCGAGCCAAUGGAUUCCGAGUCCAUAUGAUUUUGCCCGGCAGGGCAUCUCAGUCACAUCCCAACGACCUGAAUGAAGGAGACACCUCUCUCGACCAAGAUCAGCAUCUGCGCAGGCGUGAUGAGACUUGGAUCCCCGGUCAUGCUGCCAGUCAAGAUCGAUCUAGUUGGUCCAGAUUUAUUCCAAAUCGACUUCGCCGGCCCUUCUCCCUUCCUGCAAGAGGUCCUCGUUCGCCGGCUGCUGAAGUUCCUACAAAUCCCCCCACUUCAGAACAGCGCACACCCCGUCAAGUGGAGGCUGGAACCUUGUGA